AUGAGUCAAAGAACCUUUUUUAACGAUGUUGGGCUAAAGUACAAAUCGAAGGAGUACAGGCAUGAAGUCUUAAGGCUGAUCGACUUUUUGAAAGAUUCAUUGGCUGAGAUCAUCAGUCUGUCCUCAAAUUUAAAAGCCGAAUGGACCAAAUUACGUGAUGCUGCCCUGAAGGAAUCAAGCCAUCUCAAAGAGAUUAGUUUUGACUUAAAAAGUCAAAUCGAAGAGGAAGCCAAUGCUACAGCCAACUGCAUGAAAGUACUUUGCGAUGUUUUGAGCCAAAUUGAUCUGGCCAGGGAAGAGGCCUACGUAUUUAAAAGAUAUCUUCUCUUGCAAAAAUGGACCAAAGUGUUGGUUCCGGCGAAUCAAAGUUGCCAAAAUAAUUUCAACGCCGAACCGAAUACUGACUGCAGUACCGGAAACAAUACCGAAUAUAAUACCGAAACUAGCACCGAAUACAACGCCGAAUACAAUGGCGAAUACCCCGCCGAAUAUAAUACCGGAUUUAACAUGGAGUGCAGUGCUGAAUGA